UCUCUGGCAUGGGUAACCACUUCCGGUCCGGGGCUAGGGAGCUUCUGUGAGUGCAGAUAUGAGAGGGAAGUGCUGGAGCCGACCGCGGAGCACCUGACCGGGACCGGAGACAACGAGAGCGGGAGAGACAGGCGCAGAGCAUGGAGAAUGAUGAACUUUCGACAGAGGAUGGGAUGGAUUGGCGUCGCCCUCUACCUCCUCGCCAGUGCCGCCGCCUUCUACUACGUCUUUGAGAUUAACGACACGUACAACAGACUGGCCCUGGAGCAGGUCCAGGUGAACCCGCCGGACCCGGGGAGCGGGGGGUCGUCGUGGACGCUUUCCCUGAAGGCGCGGCUCCUCUCCCUGCCCUUUUGGCUCUGGGCCGCCCUCUUCCUGCUGCCCUACUUCCAGGUGUUCCUGUUCCUUUAUUCCUGCACCAGGGCCGACCCCCGGACCGUGGGCUACUGCAUAAUUCCUAUAUGCCUGGCCGUGCUGUGCAACCGCCACCAGUCCUUCGCCAAAGCUUCCAAUCGGAUCAGCAGACUGCAGUUGAUUGACACCUAA